CCUUGGUCUGUACCAGAUAUAACAGUGGCUGAGUCGCCACUCGUCCAGUCAGUGGCUUGCCUCCUCUCACACAGUCAUGGUCUCCACACCCACACAGACAGCCACUAUCGUGGCAGCACUGUGUCUGUUCAGCGCUGUUGUAGCUCAACAAGGUAACUACGUGGAUGAGGGAGGGUUUGACUAUGAUCAGCCAGCACCGCCCCCACGUGCCGCCCCCAGACCUGCCCCCGCCUACAGGCCCACCUCAUCGCUUAACGCCGCCCCUCGCCAACCCCCCGUGGCCAUCCUCAAGCAGAUUAACAGGCACAAUGAGGACGGAUCCUACACCUAUGGAUAUGAGGGUGCUGACGGAGCUUUCAAAAUCGAGACCAAACUGCCCUCAGGGGAAGUAAUGGGCAAGUACGGCUACGUGGACGACAACGGCAAGGUGCGCGUCGUAGAGUACGGAGCCAACAAGUACGGGUUCCAACCCGCUGGGGAGGGAAUAACCGUCGCCCCUCCUACACUGGUGGACGAGAGCGCUAUUACCGAGAACACCAGACCGAGCAAGAAGGGAGCUGCCAGACCGGUAGUUUCUGAGCCGGUGGAGUACGACGACGGUCAGUACUACGAGGAGGUCCCAGCCAAGGCUCCACCUCCACCACCCCGCCCAGUGGCUCGCCCCGCCCCUCGCCCCGCCCCUCGUCCUGCCCCUAGACCCGCCCCACAACCCGAGUACACCCAGAGCUCUUUCCCUAGUUUCCAGUCCGCCCAGAACUUUGGACCUUCCAGACCUGCCCCCUCCGCGUCUCUUGGACCUGCACCUCCACGAGCUGCCAUCCCCGGUGCUGUUCCCGUCGGUCCAUCCUCCUCUUUCUCACAGCCUGCUCCCCGCCCAGCUCCACGCCCUGCUCCUAGACCCCAACCCCAACCUCAACAGAGCUUCUUUUCCCCCGCUCCCGCCCCUGUGUAUGAGAGGAACGGACCUGUAUCCUUCGGCCAACCGCAGCCCCAGCAGCCCCAGCCCUCCAGAGCAUCCUACGGACGAUCAGGUGGCAUCCUCGACCAACUCGAGAAGGACUACGCCCUCCCGGCCAACUCGUCACCAGCACUCCACGACAUAACCUUCGGCUCGUUCUAGGAGUCACAGUUACUAGUGCUGCACAUGAACUAUAUUUUCAAAUUUAGCUGUGUAAUAUAUAUUUAUUUAAGGAGAGCUGUCAUAUCCAUGUGAACCGACUGUUGUGUGGGUGAAAUAAAGCCACUUUUGUACAUA